AUGCAUUCUACCAAUAAUACACAAUUCCAUCCCUUCUCCUUCCUGUUGCUGGGUAUCCCAGGACUAGAAGAUUUCCAUAUCUGGAUUGGCUUCCCAUUCUGCAUUGUGUAUUUAAUUGCACUUGUGGGGAACAUCACUAUCCUAUUUGUUAUUAAGACUGAGAAGACCCUCCAUCAACCUAUGUUCUACUUCCUGGCCAUGUUAUCCAGUAUUGACCUGGGCUUGUCCACAGCCACCAUCCCCAAGAUGCUGAGUAUCUUUUGGUUCAAUUUGAGAGAAAUUAGCUUUGAAGCCUGUCUCAGUCAGAUGUUUUUCAUUCACAACUUUACUGGCAUGGAAUCAAUUGUGGUAGUAUCCAUGGCUUAUGAUCGAUAUGUAGCUAUCUGUAAUCCCCUUAAUUACAACUCUGUCCUUACAAACAGGGUGAUUACUAUGAUGGGCCUUGGGAUUGUAGCCAGACCUUUCCUCAUAGUGAUUCCCUUUGUGUUCUUGAUCCUUCGACUACCAUUCUGUGGGAACCAUAUCAUCCCUCAUACCUACUGUGAACACAUGGGCCUUGCUCGAUUGGCUUGUGCCAGCAUCAAAGUUAAUAUUAUCUAUGGAUUGGGCACUAUCUGUAUCCUCUUUUUGGACAUCAUAGCCAUUGCUUUUUCAUACUUGCAAAUCCUUAAAGCUGUCUUUCGACUCCCCUCUCAGGAUGCCCGUCUCAAGGCUCUAAGCACCUGUGGGUCCCAUGUCUGUGUCAUCCUAGCCUUUUAUACACCUGCCUUAUUCUCCUUUAUGACCCAUCGCUUUGGAAAGAAAGUACCUCCAUACAUCCAUAUCCUUCUGGCCAAUUUGUAUGUAGUGAUUCCACCUGCUCUUAAUCCUGUCAUUUAUGGGGUCAGAACCAAGCAAAUCCAAGAGAAAGUACUGAAAAUGUUUUUUCAGAAAUGA